AAGCGAUAAAUCUAAUUCUUCACGCCAUUGCAUAAAAUUAGUAAAUACGCCUAAGUAGAAUCACCGCAUUCUUUAUUUAUAGGUAAUAUUAUGUGCUAGAAUUUGUACCGAAGACGGAAUGUAUCACUGAUAAUAUAUUCUGUGAGUUUCAAAACAAAUAUCAAGGAAGAAAACCAAAGAGAAGGGGGUUUGUGAAGGUGACCCGGCCAGGGUAGGUUUCACUACCCAAUCAAAUCGUCGCUGGCAAAAUCGUGAGGAUGUAGAUGUUAAUUACGACAAGUCUCUAAACGUCCCGAAUAAUAAUAAAAUGGCAGCGCCAGGUGUAACAGAUGAUAGUACUACACAAGAAAUUAAUCGUCUGGGGAACGUUUGUCUUGUGUGUGGAUUUCCUUUUGUGAAUAAAUAUGUUGACGCGGAUGGCAACAUAAAAAUCCACAAAUGCCUUGACAAAAAACUCCGACUUUCCACGGACCGUAUCAAAACUUUGAAGAAUGUGUGCGGAUUUUCGGAUAGUGCGGUGUAUAGUAAUGACACAGGGGUGUGUCAGAAGUGUUUCAGGAGUGCUGAGAAAGUAUUAAAACUGGAAAAGGAAGCAGUAACGACCAGGGAGUCUGUUAAAGCAACCUUUCAACUCACGCUGCAGAGGUUCAAUAUCGGUGUGCCUCCCCCCUCUGAAAGAUUCAUUAAAAAGCAAGAAAUAAAGAAAGAAGGAGUUGAUGUGAAGAGGGUUCUACCAGAAGAUCCACAGUUAGUUCCUGUCAAGCUGAUACAAAUCCAGGAGCCUAAUGUCGCUAAUGUAAUUACGAACAGACAGCCAGCCAGCACUAAUGCGAACAAAGAUACUGAAAAAGCACAGAAGUCUCUUGGUGGGGACAUUUUCAAUCAGGCCAUCACGAUCCAGCGAGAUGAAUUAUUUUCUACGUUGAGUUGCAUGCCGGGGGUUCAGAUCCGUGCUUUGAUAUGUUCACAAACACCGUCCAGCUCGGAGAGGUCGCCACAGCAACCACAGACUGAGAUCAUGACCUGUGACAGUUUGCCAGCCCAAAAGCUACACUCACAAUCUUCAGCAGUACAGCCUAAAAGCACCCUACUCAGUGACCCUAGAAGCACCCUACUCAGUGACCCUAAAAGCAGCCUACUCAGUGACCCUAAAAGCACCCUGCUCAGUGACCCUAAAAGCACCCUGCUCAGUGACCCGAAGACUGAUGUUGGCCUGUCUCAUGGAACACUGCUUGAUGGAGAUGCAGCAUGUGCGUGGAAGCGGCUGGUGGGACGGUUUUAUUGGCUGAAUGACAGCGAGAUCGCCAAGCAUCUGAUAGAGGUCCAUGAUCAGUGGUGCGGGGACCAGUGUUCCCUCGAAAAAACAUGUGACAAAGAGAAGUCAGGAUCUGAGAGGUCAUGUGACAAAGAGAAGUCAGGAUCUGAGAGGUCAUGUGACAAAGAGAAGUCAGGAUCUGAGAGGUCAUGUGUCAAAGAAAAGUCAGGAUCUGAGAGGUCCUGUGACAAGGAGAAGUCAGGAUCUGAGAAGUCAUGUGGCAGACCAGAUGAGAUUCCAGGAACACAAUCCAGUGGAGGAAAUAAAGACAUCUCACUUCAGAUGGAAGUUGAUGAAGGGGCAGAGUCUGUCAAUGAUGACUCAAGUAAUGACGGUUUCCAGGACCCAGCAAGUGAAGAGGAGGGUGAUAUAAAGCAGGAACCAAAUGUUAUGGAUUACACUCCCCAAAAUACUGAAUCCACCUAUCAAAAGGGAGAUGACUUGCUCCCACUGUUGACCAACAAAUGGACUAACUCAGGAGGAGAUACCAUUACACAAGCAAUACCAGUUGUCAUACAAGAACCAACAGACCGUGGUGAAUAUGAAAAUUCUGUGAUACAAAGUGUAGAAACAUCUCAUCAUCAUACACAGCUUACAUCAUCUGGUGCCACCUCUCAUCCAGUCAUGUCAGAUACCAAUAUAGGAGUUGUGAAACAAGAACCAACAGACCGUGGUGAAUAUGAAAAUUCUGUGAUACAAAGUGUAGAGCCCACACAGACAAAGACUAUUUCUCACCAUCAUUCACCACUUACAUCUGGUGCCCCAACAUCGCUGUCGGUCAUGUCAACUAACAUUGUUACUUCAGUCAAACCUUCAGUGACUCAGGGAAUCCCAUCAACAAAGGCUAUCACCCUGAACCCUUUAGGGAUGGGACCACGGUCCUUGUUUCCAAUUAUACCAGGUGUUAAUGUGGCUCAAACACCAUGUCCAGCAGCACCGAACCCAGCAGUGGUUGGAUCCCAGACUGUGUUACCAAUAGCACCACGUAUAACUCAAACACUAGCACCACGUAUAACUCAAACACUAGCACCAGGUACAGCUCAAACACUCAACUUGGCAACAAGUGGAAAUGUAAUACAUCCACAGCUGUUGAAUGUUGUAAAAAGAGGAAAUUCAUUAUUUGUGGAGAAUUCUGGUGUUCCUUCAUCCACAGUAACACCCAGUCUUCAAAAUCCUCCAUUUACAUUCGCUCAUCCAGUGGGAAUAACUCUCCAGUCUGCUUCCAGUCUACCCCCUACCAUUCCUAUGUCAGCUAACUUUUUAUCAAAUGUAGGUCAAGGUGGCUCAGUAGCUUUACAACCAAUGUUGGUACCUGUAUCAGGUGUAGAUCUGUUAUCAGGUGGGCAUCAGGUAUCAACUUCGUCAACAUCUCUAAGUGGAGCAGGUGGCGAGCAAACAGAUGGAGGUUGCAAACAAAUGGAUGAAAAGAAUGAGAAGAAACUGGAAAAUUCCCAAACUGCAGGGGAAGUCUCACCUAACAUGGGAUCUGUGAAAAGGAGACUGUCUGAGAAUGAUGAAGGACCCAGCACCAGCAAAAGAUUUGUUGGGGAAACAGUAGUAGAAGAGGGCCAGUUGAAAAACCCAAAUGUCAACAUUUCCAAUCCAAGAUUCAAAACAAUCACUGAGGAGGAAUUGGAGGUCAUGAAGAGUGGUCGUCAUUCCAAGGGUACAAAACACAAAACAAAGUGGGGUGUCAAGAUUUUCCAAGAUUGGAGCAUGGAAAAAUUCAAUACUGACACUGACCUGCUUAAAAUAGAAAGAGAGGAACUCUGUGGCCUGUUGAGACACUUCUAUGCUGAAGUCCAACCUAAAUUUGACCCCAAAAAGGGCGAACAACCUCAAGAAUAUCACAAGAACACACUAAAAUCCAUCAGAUCAGCUCUCAACAGACAUCUGGAUGAUAUUGGUCGAGAUUUUGACAUUGUUAGGGAUAGAAGUUUCAAAUCAGCAAAUGCCAUUCUUGAUGGCAAAUUGAAGCAAAACAUAAAAUCUGGAUUGUCUCGGCCUACACAGCAUACACCAGUUAUUACCAGUAGUGACUUGCUGAAAAUCUCUAACUACCUCUCCAUUAUUCACAAUCCUGUCAUUUUGCGUUAUCGGGUCUGGUAUGACCUUUCCAUCCAUUUUGUGCCACAGGGACUUGAUUUUCAUCAACAGCUAAUGACAAACUCAUUUGAGUUUUUGUUUGAUGAGAAUGGCAGAGAGUAUGUGGUAAUUUCCCACGAAACCAAGCAGAGGAUUAGACAGGGUGGUCUCGGCACAUCUAAGGCUCCACAGGAUAAUAGAAUGUACUCAACCGGGAAUGACAGUUGUCCAGUUCGCACCCUACGACAACUUCUCCAUGUCACAGACCCGGUUGCCACAUCUCUAUUCAAUCACUGUACCAAAGCUGCACGGGCGUCUCCACAAUCAGAGAAAGUGUGGUUCAGAGCAAGGCCUGUCAAACAGUACCAGUUUUCGAAAUUCAUGUCUGACAUAUCUAGAAAUUCUGGCUGUUCUCAAAAUUACACCGCACAAUGCCUCAGAGCGACUGCAAUUCAAGCCCUUAAAGAGAAAGGCAACCCUAACCACAUAGUUGCUUUUAUGAAUAAGGUAUUACUUACUGAUAUCGUAAUUGACAAUCUUUAACAACAAAAAUCCUUGCUUAACAAUUAAAUCAAUAUUAAUCUAUCAUGUAUUUUGAAUUACCCGCCGCUAAGAGAGUGGCCAUUGAAGUUUGAUUUAUGAAGUCACACCGUCUGUGUUCCGGUUAUUUCUUCAGUUGCACUGUAAACAUAACGAGUCACGAACAGUUAAGUUUGGAGUCGUAUAGAUUUGAGCCCGUUUUUUCGCAAGAAGAAAUAGAGAAAAGAAGACGUUUAGUCGAGUCGCAGACAAGGCAGACGGUAAAUACUCUUGAUACUAAUGUCUUGAACCUCAACUUGUCAUUACGCAAGUGAUGGAUCCACAGUUUACGUAGUCUUUUGUUUUCAAAUGACAUGGUUGAGUCGGAAAUUUCGAAAAAAACCAAAACCUUUUUUCACAUCUCCCCUUCACAUUAGUGUAAUUAACUGCUUGCCAGGAAGGCAUCAACCUAUUUAUUCUUAAAAUCUACCACAGGCACAUCUUUGAUGAUCUCACAGGUGCUUGGGUUACCCAUAAAGUCCAAAAUCAACUUAUGUAGCUUAUUCGGAGGGGGGGGGGGGGGGGGGUGUCCAGAACCCAAGCACUUGUGGAUGAUCUUUGAAUCAUCUCAUCAAAACCGGAACAGAUGGUGUGACGUCAAAAUUAUUGAUUUUUUGGUCUUGAAUACGAAAGAGUUGCACAUCAUGGCAUAGAUCGUGGGAAUUUCAAUUUUUAACGUUUUCAAGUUAGUACUGAAGCUUAUCUAGGCCAUAUAUCUACAGCAUUUUAUGAAAAUUCUUUAUCAUAUGAUUAAUCCUAUCAUUUAUCAUGUAAAAAUCUUUUGGGUUGCCUUUCCCUUUAAGAACAAUGGUUUUGAACGCUGACAUAAUAUGUUCAUGAGUGGGCACCGGAACGAGGCAUACGUACAAAGUUAUAACAGAGAUUUCAGUGACCAUCAAAAGCAAUGUCUUAUCGUUCACUGGAAAAACUUGGAAGGCGCUCACUCGUCCACCUGGAAACUGUAGCAACCCCCAAAGAGAACCCUACUUGAUGGAUCUCUGAUCGCAUCCCACAUCAUGCACAUGUCCCACGCUUACCGUUUGUACUGACUUUGAACUUAAUGUCAGUUCCAGCAAUUUUCUAUUCGCGGGAUUCAUUUCUAACUCUUCUUUUCAAAACUGCACAAGGGAACCCGAGUCAGCAGUAAACAGUUUGUGGAAGCCGCCAUUACCGAUUUUCAGUUGAUGUUUUCACAAAUUGCUAUGCCAAUCUCAAAAUGCCAUAGAAUAAAUCUUGAAUUGAACUCAAA